AUGAGCACCACCAGCGAUCCCCAUCCCACGCAGAAUACAAAGGCAUCUGCGAAAACCGUGACAUGGCUAGAGAUUUCCGGAUGGCAUCUCGACAAUAAGUACAUCCUCAGUGGCUAUCGUCGCGAGAAAGCAGACUAUCUAGAGAUCCUCGCCAGCCUUACUUUUCUGCACAAUGAGACGUGCAAUGUGUACACUCAUUUGAUUGGGACUGGUCUUUUACUACUUGUCGCUACUGUCUUUCUGCGUUACCUUGACCAACCUCACUUUCUCCAUGUCUCAUCCACAGACUAUGCAAUGUUUGGUAUCUACUUUUGGUGUGCUGGGAUCUGUUUGAUCUUAAGCACACUCUACCAUCUAAUGAUACCUUAUUCACAAUAUGCAGAACAGUUCUUGCAUGUAAUAGACCUGCUUGGGAUUGUCAUAGUGACAGUUGGGACGUUCUCUUCAGGAAUCUACUAUAUCUUCUUUUGUGAAGCGAGCUUGCAAAAGUUGCACUGGGUGAUUAUUCUGACCACAGGCACUGUCACGGGUAUUCUAAUCUCGAAUCCCUCGCUCCGAACGCCACGUUGGCGAAAAGUCAAAGUGAGCGCCUUCGUUGUUUUUGGUGCAUCAUCCUUCAUACCUCUGCUACAUGGAGUUCAGCGAUACGGACUCUAUUAUAUGCUUAAGUACUCGGGCAUGAAGUGGUAUCUUCUUGAGCUUGCAUUCUAUGGUAUCGGAGUUGGACUGUACGCGUUUCGGAUCCCGGAGCGUUUGGCGCCAGGUACAUUCGAUAUCUGGGGAAGCUCUCACCAGAUCUUCCAUAUUGCUAUCUUGUGCGCAAUGUACACACAUGUGAUCGCACUCCUGCAGGGCUUCACAACCUCUCACACCUUGAACAUUCUCAAGUCGAGCAAAUUCCCUAUUCCCAAAAUCGACACAUCAUCCGUCGAAGCAGGUAUCAGCCAACUCCGCAAUCUCGAGGCAUUGUUCCCUCCACCGCCACCGAUCCCUGAAGUCGCAGAAUCCAAGCACGAAUUCACCGCCCGCGAUGGUUUCCGACUCAUCUACCACGUCUUCCAACCUGCGACACCGUCCCCGACGACUCAAGGUCCCCUCCCGCUCCUGAUCUACUGGCACGGCGGCGGCGGGAGCAUGGGCAACGCAUACUCCGUCUGCUCCGUGGCGCGUGAUCUAGUUACUGCGCACAACAUCGUAGUCGUGAGUCCACAGUACCGUCUUGCCCCUGAGUACCCGUGGCCCACAGGUGUCCACGAUGCAUGGGAUGCAUUCGCGCACAUUUCCAGCACUACAGACGCUUCCGCUGGCUUGUUGAUUGGCGGAGUCAGCCAGGGCGCACGUCUCGCUAGCAUCGUCGCCUUACAGGCCAAAGACGCUGCCGCUGCCGCCACAGGCACUACUGCUACUAGUAGUUCUACUUCUACUAGUGCAACCCGGCUUCCCAAAGUGACCGGUCUAUACUUUGACGCGCCGUCGUUCAUUUCACCCGACAACGUCCCGGACGAAUACAAGUCGCAAUACCGCUCACGACACGACAAGACGUGUCUCGCAGCACCAAUUCUCGACGCCGACACAAAAGCCCUCUUCGACAAGGCGUACCAGGGAGACCAGAUGUCGCCGCUUUAUGUGGUCUUGAACACGAGGCCGUUGUCCCGGCACGCCGGUGUCGCUGAUAAAGCAUACUUUUCCGUCUGCGGGAUGGACAUUCUGCGUGACGACGGGUUGAUCUACGCGGACGUCUUGGAGAAUCUCGGCGUCCAGACUCGUGUCUCCAUUUACCCUGGCGCACCGCAUGCGUUUUGGGUUGCAUUUGGAAUGACGGCGCUGGCUCAGAAAUGGAAGACGGACAAAACGGCCGGUGUGGGAUGGCUACUUGGGCGAGAGUGA